UGCUGUAGGAGCGUGUGCGUAGUCCGUACUCUUCUGAGUUUCUUCUAUUCCCUGUUAAAACCCAAGGCUCUUGAGCUUCAUUUGCAUUUCUCCUCUGAAACUGAACUGCAUUUGCAGAAUUCAUACUUUAGAGACCGAAGAAACACAUAUCUCUCUUGUGUUUGGUUUUCUAAAGAAUGGGGCGUGGAAGGAAAACCAAGACAUUUUCAGUGAGUGAAGUGGCUAUAUCUGGACCACCUAAGGCAAACUGCAGUGUAUCUGCCCGGAAUUUGAGGAAAGCAGACCUUGGUGGGGUGAUAUUUGGAUGUAAGAACUACACCAUAAAUGAAUGCCUUUCACAGAAGCUCUUCGGGCUACCAGUUCAACACUUCCCGUAUGUGAAGAAUAUUGUGCCUGGCAUGGUCCUGUUCUUAUUCAACUAUAGUGACCGACGAUUACAUGGUAUCUUUGAAGCUGCAAGCAAUGGGAGGAAGAACAUUAAUCCACAUGGAUGGUCUGCAAACGGCAAAGAGGAAACUGAAUAUCCUGCCCAGGUUCGCAUCAAUAUCCGGAAGUGGUGCCAGGCCCUGAUGGAAAAUCAGUUUCGGCCAAUAAUUGCUGAAAACUACUACACAGAUAAUCACUUUUGGUUUGAGCUGGAUCGUGCACAAACAAGUGAAUUAAUCUCAUUGUUUGAUGCAUCAUCUGCUGGUGCUCAGUCUGCUAUCCCAAAGAAAGUGUGCACUGGUGAAUCAACCUCAUUUGAAGCAUCAUCUGCUGGUGUUUAUUCUACCAUCCAAAAGAAAGGGUUCAGUUGGUGUGAUGUGGUCAAAACUCUUCCAAAACCCGAUAAGAGAAAUAGAAAUGUUGAUUCUGAGCCAACAUAUAACCCCGAUGAGAUGAAUAUAUAUGAUGAUACUUGGACAGCUGUUCCUGAGCCAACAUAUAACCCCGAUAAGAUGAAUGUAUAUGAUGAUCCUUGGCUAGCUGAUAAGAUGAAUGGAUAUGAUGAUACUUGGCCAGCGGUUUCUGAGCCAACAUGUAACCCCGAUAAGAUGCAUGGAUAUGAUGAUCCUUGGCCAGCUGUUUCUGAGGAAUAUUGGGGGAAUUUGGAUCAGUCUAAAAUGGAAGCCCACCUAGACAUAGAGGCUGUGGAUAAAGAAGAAGAACCACUGGUUUCACCAAAGACUGGAGAGAUUUUGACCAACUCAUCUGAUCUUCUGUUGACUGCAGACCAGGAAAUGAAGGUGGUCAUAGCUGGUCCUAUGACCAGUGGCAUGCCUUCUGUGGAGCAAUCUUUUCAAGAAGAGCCACUGGAUUCAGAAGAGAACAGAGUGAUCUUGGUUAAGUCAUCCUAUCAUUGGUCAGAUUCAGAUCAGUCGGUUGCAGCUGGUUCAUCUAUGACAAGUGAAAUGCCUUCAGUGCAGAAGUGUUUUCUGGAGGAGCCACUGGUCCCAGCAGAAAAGGAAGAAAUUUCUGUCUUCCCUUCUGAUUCUCAGCCAGUCAUAGUUCAGGUUUUUGGUGUUACCAGUUUGUCCUUGAUGCAAGUGCUUGAAAAGAUGCAGACCUCCUUACUUGAACAACAAAAAAAGAUGAAUGCUUUGGAGAAUAAUCUGUCACAGUCACAGUCACAGGUUCAAAUUCAACAACUAAACAGCCGUCUGGAGAAGUUGGAGUCAGUUUUGGAUCCAACCCUCAAACAUAUUAAUAAAAGUGGUUGGGGUUGGGCUCCUUGAUAAGCCAAGCAACAAGACAGAGGAGGGCCGUGCCAUGGAUCCUUCUGAAACAGUGAUUGGCAGUAUGAUGAGUUGGGUAACAUUGGAGGACAGACCAGCAAAUAAUGUUCAUAUUCUUGACUAAGCUAAAGUUGCACAGAAUUUUAAUAUCAAGGCAAUGCAUGCUGACCAUUUCAAGGUUUUGUAAAUCAACUUCUUGCAAUUUAUAAAUCUAGAAAACAUAGUAAAUCCCCAUGGUGGGAUGUAUUGCCUUAUUUUCUCUAAUGGACACAAACAUGAAAGUGAAGUUGGUCAGGACCUGGAAGUUAGGUAUGGAUAAAUAUGAAGUGAUUAGGUUGUUUAUGCUGGUUCUGUUGACUCCUCAACUUUGCCCUGCUAAUACAAAAUUAAAUUUCAAAAUGGUGU